AUGGGCAACGUACCAUCUUUCGACAAGCAAUCACAGCGUGGUACCAUAAAUCCGUGGAGGAAGUAUGGAGCCUUGAAGAAACUCCAUGAGAUUGGUGGGAUCGCUCCUCCCGGAAAUACGAAAUUUGAUCGAAAAAACAAAGAAGCUUUUAUCAGAAUCAAGGUCAGUUUUUACGGCAUAUCAGUGUUGUCCUAACU